AUGAAUCAAAAUAGUAUUUAUGGGAGUGACGUGUUUUAGAAGGGUUUUGCAAUUUCAUCCAAGAUUCGAUAAGAUAAAGGUCAUUAACAGAAUUAAGUAAUUGAAAACGAGUUCAUUUAAAAUAACCUCAUUAAAAAAAAUCCUAAUGAUUUUUGGUUUAACGUUUUUUACAAGAGGAAAUAGAAUUGUACACCCAUGAAGGGGAGACUUUAAAAGAAAAGUCCUCAUUUUUUUAUUGGAUUUCAAUGGAAAUAUUGUGAAUUGGAAAAUCGAGUUUUCUCAUACUACAAAUCAGAUAAUAAAUAUGAACUGGAGGGAGCUCUAGACUUCGAUUUAUAAGAAUUUGAAUUCAAAGGAGUUCUAAAUGAGAGAAAUCAAACUAUUUAAUUUACGAUAAUCCCUAAAGGCACUUAAAAAGAAUUUGUUUUUCAAUCUGAUCAACCAGAAAAUACCCAUCUAUGGGCCUUGCAAAUUAAGAUCCAAUUAAACGACUCAAUUGGAAGUUUAAAAUAAUUGAGAUUUUUAAAUCAAAUACCCAGAUUUUGGAAGAACACCUAAUUAAAAAAUACAAAAGUAUUAAGUGAUUGUUAAGAUGGAGAUAUAGCAUUAUUCAAAUCGAAAGACAAUAUGACAAAGGUUUUAAGAGCCGUUACUCUCUGUGAAUUUGAUCACGUCUGUUUGCUUUAUAGGGACAAUGGAUAAUUGUGUGUUUUCGAGGCAGUCUCAAAUGGAGUAGGCACAUUCCUGUGGAGUGACUUAACAGAGUAGAAGUUUGUUAAUGAAUAUGAAAAGAUUUGUAUCAGAAGACUAAACUAUGCCAAGAGGUAAACUCCAGAAGUGUAAAAUAAAUUAAGAGAGUUUAUUAAAAACAAUUUGGGAAAGGAAUACGGUCUUAAUCCUGGCAAACUAUUAUAGAAGGUUUCAUUAAUUGUUCCUUAAGCUCCUCAGCCAGAGGACAAGCAAAGAACAUAUUUUUGUUCAGAACUAGUUGCUAAGGCAUAUAAAGAAAUGGGAUUACUCGAAUUAGAGAAAUCAUCAACUUAAUAUUUUCCAAGUGACUUUACUGCAGAGAAAAAAUUAUAGUUAUUGUAAGGAGCAACAUUAGAUCCUGAAAUGCUAGUUAUUUUUGAAACCUGA